CGCACCUGUCUGACGCUAGAACAAAAGCUCCAAGUGCACCUAAAGCUCAAGCAGAAUCCUGGCAUGAACAACCCCAUGCUCGCCGAGUGGAUCUACGCAACUUUCAAGGCCCGGGUCAGCCGCGCCACACUCGCCCGACUGCGCAACCUGCCUUCUUCCUACUUCAGCCACGUCGACCUGAGUGCGACCAAGCGGCGCCGAGUGAAAUUUCCUCAGUUCGAGCGGGAACUGAGGGAUUUUUUCUUUGAGAACGAAGCUAAAACGGCGAUGGCGGACGACGUGCUCCUG